GUAUCGCACCUGAUUUCAUCUGAUGCUAUAUUUUUUGCUAUUUUUCUGACCGCCCAAAUUCAAAAAAUACCAUGGAAAGUAUUUUAUAUAUAGCCUCACGUCAAUUCAUAAUAGAUACUUUGAAAUAGACAAAUGAAAAUCAAAAUAAUAAUUUAACAGUGUAAUCCCUUUGAAAAUGUAGAAAGCUUGAAUAUGUCAGCAGUCUCCUUACUUCGGGUAGAAUUCCAUCUCUCUCUCCAAAAAAUCCCAACCGAACGUGACAUUAGAAUUGAUACAUUCUUAUCAAUCGUUUCGGUGUGUUCAAUAUGCGCCUCAAUCCGUUUGUUCAUUUGUGACUGUUUGGUUAGUUGGUACGAAGCGUAGCCAUGUCGAAAUUUGUGAUGCUCGUUUUUCUGAUCGCUGGCGCAUUAUGCGCCAAGGAGUGCUCCAACAAAUCUCCGUUUCCGUCCCAGGAACUGAAGAGCUCCAAUCACACGCAACGAGUCGCAUCCACGUUGGAUGCCGUACUGAACCGGAAGAAUGGCAACUUUACCGUCCUGGAAGGCCACUCGUGCAGAAACGCAACCGAAACUCUUUACUGGUACCACGUGAUUCUGCAGGGGGAGGAUACCCGUUGCGAAGUGUCCUACACCGAAUUCGUCAACGGGCAGAAGCGUGGACGGGUGGAUUAUCUCGUCCUCGAGAGUGGCAAAACGCACUACGAGUAUCGAUGGAAGAUUGCACCAAUAAAGUGAGAAGAGAAGUGAAUUAGCUAACGUCGAGACUGUGCCAGUGAUAGUGUUUCUGUUGGAAGAACGUUUCCCAUACCAGGAAUGGAUUGUUUUAUUUAUUUUGCAAUCUGUUCUUGUGUGCUACAUAUUUGAGCUUUGUUAUAUAAAUAUUUUAGAAGCAUCUGAGAGGGUGGGCAGAAUUAUGAUAUUUUAUCAAUUUCAAUUGAGAUUUCAUUGAUUAUAAUAGUACAAACCAGCGAAUGGCAGAUUUCAAUACAGCUCUGCAUAAAAACCCUUCAGAAACUGUAUAACGUUUGAGCAUAUAAAGCUUCGGAAGAUUGUAAUACAAUCGUUGUAUUGAACUCUUUGUAAUUUUGUAUUAUUUUAAUACUGUAUCUGUAUAAAAAGCUUACAUUUCUUUUAUUAAA